AUGAGUGAUGUUGAGGAAAAGUGGGAUGAUGACUCUCAGAACUCGACCUCUGCUUUACAGGCUUUGUCUAGUAAUAACCAUGAAAGUAAGGGGUCUCGUAUUCAGAGCUGUAAAAAACUCCAGAGGGGUAUUGAGAAAACUGUAGUUUUUCAGUGGGUACCAUCCCACUGUGGUCUGCCCGGAAAUGAGAAAGCCGACUUCUUGGCCAAGAAGGGAUGUAAUAUUCUCCAAAGCUCUCCUGGACCCUUGUCGCUCCACUCUGCUGGAUUGGAGAUCAAGAGGGUGCAUAGGGAUGCGUUUCGCCGUGUUGCUUCACGGGCUGCUGAAGGUAAACCCUGGGGGAGACUGUGCAAUGAGUCCCACUGUAUCCCAAAUUCUCCUCGAGCUGCUGCUGUGGCUGCUUUUAGACUUUUAACAGGACACGAUUGUCUCAAUGCCUAUUUGUUCCGCUUUCAACUGAAGGAUUCCCCGAUCUGCACUUUGUGCAACUCUGGACAAGUCAUGGACGCUACUCACCUGGACGACUGCUCUGCACUAACCAAUUUUAAUUGUGUUGUCGAGAAAUAUUGGAGAGCCUGCGGUUUUAUAGCCUAA